UAAAAUUCAAUAUAAUUACUCCGUAGCCAUAUUGCUGAGCGGUCUAAGGAGAUAAAUCGAUUAGCCAAAUAAAAAUCCAAGUUCAGAUAUAACUCAACUUUAGAGUAUAAUUUUUCAAAUUCAAUUUUGGUAAAUGCUGGAGUGAAUGGAAACAGGGUUAAUAGUAGUGACAAAAGUCGGCGGCAAAUCCACUGUCUCCCGCUGUUUCUCCAAAUAUCCCAUCAAAUUCAUUGUACCCAAUAAGGUGGGUCACCGAAACGCUGAUUGUGUGUGGAUUUACUCUAUUAGCUAUGGAGGUGGAAUCGUUUCUGGUGACUCUAUAAAAUGUAACUUCACCAUUGAAGAUGGGUGCACUGCCGUGUUGACUACACAGGCUUCAACUAAGGUAUACAAAUCCGUGGGAUUGAAAGGCUCGGAGCAAAUUUUGGAGGCACAAGUUGGACACGAAGCGCUGUUGGCUGUCAUUCCUGAUCCAGUGACAUGUUUUUCCACCGCAAGGUAUACUCAAAAGCAAGUAUUCAGGGUGCAAUCAGACUCAAACUUGUUGUUGGUUGAUUGGUUUACAAGUGGACGCUACGAAAGCGGAGAAAGAUGGAAUUUUGAAUCAUACAGGAGCGCCAACAAUAUUUUCUAUGAAGACGGCCAGCCUUUGUUUCUCGAUACGACGCUGUUGGAGCAAGGACCCAUCUGCAGCAUUUCUGAGUGUAUGCAGGAUUACCAAGUUACAGCAAUGAUUAUAGUAUUGGGACCAAAGUUGAAGCAAUUACAGAACCAGGUUCAAGAAAAUGUGAAAAAUAUGAUGUCUGGUUAUUUUCAAGUCAAGUCCAACAUUCCAGGGUAUAGCAUGAGAACAAAUUCUAAGUUUUUCUUAACAAAACCGAGCUUCAUUGCAUCAUGCAGUACUUUUGGCCCCAAGGGUGUUGGUCUUGUCAUACGCAUAGCUGCUUUAACAACUGAACCUGUGUAUCAAUUCCUACGCCAUCAGCUGGCCUGCUUAGAGCCAUAUCUUGGGGCCUUGCCGUAUUCCUCCUGAAUGCAUUUUAUUUAUUCAACUUAUGUCAAUAUUAGAAUAAACCAAGUUGAAAUGACCGACUUCCUUGCAAUCUCAAGUAGUCAGUCCUCUGCUAGGCUCUUGGGGUUAUUUAGAAUGCGGACUACACCGCACCAAAACCAAACGGUUUUUUGUAGCUUGACAUUUCGACCAAACUGCGGUUUUGAAUUUUUUUGCACGAAAAAACCACAAUUUAAUGCAGUGGUUCAAACUGCAAACUACAAAAAUUCAAAACUUAUUAAGGAGUAUAAACUUUAUAUUUCCCAUUUUUACUUCCGUGGAUGGUAUAACUAAUAUUGGGUAUCUUAUGAUAGGUAGUCCAAUUUUAAGUUUAUUGUUUAACCUAAAUCUUAUGGCUUUCAAAUUUGUAGAACCAAAACCUGGUUUUGACUCAUUUUCAGUACUCUGUAUAAAGUUUUAAUACCUCAUGCAUUAAGGUCUUA